CACAAUGUAAACAAUAUAUCUUGUUGACUGUGAAAAACAAGAUUAUUAUUAGACAGUUAGCUUUCAUUAAUGAGCAAUUAAGGUUAGUUAAUACUUACACAGUAUGACGUGAAUAAUGAUUUAUGGGUUAGGAUUUAAAGUGAGGUGCGUACAUGAAAAUAUAGAAAGAAGGAAAUAUCUAUAUGAAGACUGUGGAGUAUAUUCACUGAUCUCAACCUUUACCAAAAACAUUUUAUAUGACAAAGGAUGGACAGCAGAAGUACAGCUGUACCCCUGAAUUCCUGCUGGAAGUUCUUGUGUUUCAUUCAGCUGCUGUCCAGAAGUUUGUUGGUCAGCGUUUGUUGUUUUAAAACGUGUUUCAUAAAUAGAUUUGACGUGAUUGUACAGUGUCGUCUUUGUUUAGAGAAACUCUUGAAUGACUGUCACAUGUUUCAGACUGUCACUGUAAGAUCUCUAUUUCUCAAAAAGUGAUUCAAUUUGUAUUAAGUUAAUCAAUGACAGUUCACCUACACUGGAUGGUCUCACAGGCAGUGUGAGGAGUAACAGAAUACAUGUUCUGGAUUAGGAUACAAAACAAAAGUUAUCUGUAUUACAGUAAAACUGGAAGAUUAAAUACGAGUCAUCCCACUGAUAUUUAUUUUGUCUUGUCUUCAUGUGCAUAUCUUUGGGAAUUAGGUCAUCUAAAAGUAAUUGAGAGGAGUGAAGUUAUAUCACAUUAGUGUUAGUCUUGGGUUACGUUACUAUCUGCAUUAUUUAAACAGAUAAUUAGUAACUGUAUUGGAAUAAAUCUUUACAGUAACCUUCCCAACACUCAACUCAAUCAAAACUAAAGGCUCAUAUCAUUUUGUGUAGGAGCAUUAUGUAGUUCUGGAGAAUAAAUUAAAACUCAGAAUUUUAAUAUUUACAAUAUUGAUUAGGUAAUAAUACAAACUCCAUACCUGAAUAAACAAGCUGUUCUCAGAGGAAUACAAAGUGGCAAAGCUGGCAGGAUCCACUCAAUAUAAACAAAGUAAAACAGGAUGAAAUUGUGUUGUCAUUUAAGGUCAAUUUGUUAAGGAUUUUAAAAAAAAAAGAAAAAGUAAUUGAAGCGUUUUCCUUUUAUGGUUAACAUUCUUCUCCAAAACUACAGAGCGCACCUUUAACAUGAAGGAGAAGUUGAGACUGAAACUCAGGUUACAUCAGUGCACAGACAUUUUUUGAGUGUUAAUCACUUGGAAGGUCCUUCUUUGCAUAGUUAGUUAGUUAGUUAUCACCCAGACAGAUACUGCAUCAUCUUCAUAACCGAUGAAUGAUUUCAAAUAGCUUAUUAAAUGUCCGGCAGCUUGUGUGUUGAUGAGAAACUUAGUCUGUGGGCUGUACUCAGUGUCUGUCAUUUUGUUGUUGUUGGUGGUCUCUGAAACUCUGAAGAAUUCUGGUCAGGUGAGAUUUCUUCACAAACCAGUUUCAUCUGGGAGUAAACUCCUCCUCUGACUUCUCCUUUUACAACCAAACUCUCAGGGAACAAAGCCACUGUCAGCUCUGAGUGGGUAACAAAAACCACGACCCACUCCUCUGUCUCUCUGACCGGUAAAUUACUCCUUCUUCUAUUCUUUGAAGUGAUCGACAGAACCUCAGCAUGGUGUCUGGUGGACGACAGAUUCUGGGUUUGUCCCUGGCUGUAAUCGGCUUUCUGGGGAGCAUCGUCAUCUGCGCGCUCCCCACCUGGAAAGUCACAGCCUUCAUCGGUGCCAACAUCGUCACCUCUCAGGUGAUCUGGGAGGGUUUGUGGAUGAACUGUGUGACCCAGAGUACAGGCCAGAUGCAGUGCAAAAUCUACGACUCUCUCCUGGCUUUACCUCAAGACCUGCAGGCUGCCAGAGCGCUUGUCAUCAUCGCCAUCAUCGCCGGGAUCUUUGGGCUCCUUCUUGGCGUGGUCGGGGGAAAGUGCACCAACUUCGUGGAGGAGGAAAGGCAGAAGAGCAAGGUGGCCAUCGCCUCUGGAAUCGUCUUCAUCAUCGCAGGCCUGUUUGUGCUUAUCCCCGUCUGCUGGACCGCCAACACCAUCAUUCGUGAUUUCUACAACCCCAUUAUGACCAACGCUCAGAGGAGGGAGCUGGGGGCUUCGCUCUACAUCGGCUGGGGUUCUGCAGGGCUGCUGCUUCUGGGUGGGGGCCUCCUCUGCAGCUCCUGUCCCCCCAAGGAUGAGAACAACUACGACGUAAAGUACCUGAAGGCUCGUUCUGUGGAGAGCAGCAAGGCGUACGUUUAGAUCUUAAGCAGAACUGGGACAGUGUGUUGGAAAGAGAUAAGACAAAGAGUUCAUGAAGAUUGACGAUGAUUCGAGUUGUGCCGUUUAGAAUAAUAAAGUCAGUAAUGUGACUAAAACUGACAGGAACUUCUGCAGUGUGAGCGUGUUAACUUUGAAACAACCAUAAAAGUCAUAAUAAGGUUUUUGAUUCUCUAUUUAUGAGGAUAGGAUGUUUUUUGUAUUUUACAGCGUUAUGGACACUUUCACACGGUUUUCCUCAUGUAUUUUGUUAGUUUAUGUUUAAGGACACAGAAUAUUAUCUGUGGCAUGUGAGAUGAAGAACUUGUGUGUGAAAAACUGCUAUAAAUGUGAAAAUCUGCCCGUGUAAUCACAGUGUUGUUUCUGCGCCUGAUUCUCUCUUGAUCAAACUACUUGUUGUUCUUUGAAUUGUUUUUUAUUUUCUCUUCUUGUAUUAAAAUGUCAUCUCUAAGACACACAUUUGUGAGCAGGUGAUGUUUCUCCUAAGUCGUUUUCCAUCUCAUCAUGGCGGGUUUUAUUUUUCAAAAGGAAGAACUGUUACAGCGACGACAAAUGCCAAAAACUCAGUGGAACAAUGGAACUGGUUUCUCAAGUGUACCUGAAAGAAUCCUCACAAACAGGUUGUGUGACAGUGUGUGAGUCCUUCCUGCUGAAUAAAUAGAUUGAGUGAUAACGGUGUGCUUGUGUGUUUUUGUUAUCUUUAAUGUGUAUCCAGUAUUCUCUGUUUUUUAUCUCAUAAGACAGAUUAUUCUGUGAACUUUUACACAAGAGAAAGUGACUUCUUGUGUCCUUUUUUUUUUACACAAAGGAAUAUUUUGUGUGUUAUAAUGAUGUGUGUGUGUGGGGGAAAUGGGAUAAACAUGAAAAGUAUCCCUCUGAACUUUACAAGGACGGCAAGAUUAAAGAUUAUGUUGAGCCAGAUUAAAAGGUCAAAUCAC